UAUUACUUCAAUCUACCUAACAGCUUCUUCUCUAAAGUGGAAGUGGGGGAAUGAUGCAAUUACAUGCAAGGCAAAAACUGGAUAUCUGCACAAUGAACAUUUUUAUGAGAAGGUGGCCAGAGUGAUGAACUCAGACCAGGAAAGGCCGUACGUGUGCAAUGCUCCUGGCUGUUCUCAGCGAUUCCCCACGGAGGACCAUCUUAUGAUACAUCGACACAAACAUGAGAUGACCCUUAAGUUCCCCUCCAUAAAGAACGACAACAUGUUAUCAGACCAGACGCCCACACCAACACGCUUCUUAAAGAACUGUGAGGAAGUGGGAUUGUUCAGUGAACUGGACUGCUCCAUUGAACAGGAGUUUUGCAAGGCCCAGGAAGAAGAGGACAGUAAACAGAACAUCUCACUGCACGGCCAGGCGGGCCAAGGCCAGCACCAGCAGUCCCACUCACGAAUGGGCAACCAUGAUACCAGCAUAGUAAUCCAGCAGGCCCUGCCCUCUCCUCAGUCCAGCUCCGUCAUCACUCAGGCUCCAUCCACCAACAGACAGAUAGGGCCCGUCCCCGGCUCUCUGUCCUCAUUGCUGCACCUACGAAACAGACAGAGACAGCCUCUGCCUGCCUCCAUGCCUGGAACUCUGCCAGACCCGACCAUGCCUGGCUCCUCCGCCGUGCUGAUGCCUAUGGAGAGACAAAUGUCCAUGGGCUCCAAUAUGAUGGGUAUGCAAGGACCCGCCCACAGCAGCUCCUGCUCCUCCACUCACAUUCCCUCCAUGCACUCAGAAGCCAAACUGAGGCUGAAGGCUGCACUUUCACACCAUCCGGGUGCCAUCGCCAACGGCAACAUGAACUCCAUGGGCCACAUGAUGGAGAUGAUGUCAUCGCGGCAGGAGCAAGGCGCUCACCAUCAUAUGCACCCGCACCAGCACCUGCAAGCCCCUCCCCACGCGUACCAGCACCACGGCCAUCACCACCACAGCCAGGGCCACAGCCAGGGAGGACACCACCACCCGCAGGGACACAACCCCCAUCACAACUCCCACAAUCCUCACCUCCAUCCUGGGCACCCACACCAGACCUCACCGCACCCUCCAAUGCACUCUGCAUCACAUAUGUCACCUGCAACCCAGCAGAUGCAGCCCACGCAGACGAUGCAGUCUCCGCCACCCAGUGGUGGGCGGCGCAGGCGAGUAGUAGACGAGGAUCCUGAUGAACGUCGGCGAAAGUUUCUGGAGCGGAACAGAGCAGCAGCUACAAGAUGCAGACAAAAGAGAAAAGUGUGGGUGAUGUCAUUAGAGAAGAAAGCGGAGGAGCUCACUCAGACCAACAUGCAGCUUCAGAACGAAGUGACCAUGCUAAAGAACGAGGUGACCCAACUCAAGCAGCUUCUCCUCACACACAAGGACUGUCCCAUCACCACUAUGCAGAAAGAGUCCCAAGGUUACCUCAGUCCAGACAGCAGUCCAGCAGGCAGUCCAGCGCCAGCGUGCUCCCAGCAGCAGGUCAUUCAGCACAACACCAUCACCACCUCCACCACAACCGUAGGGGGCAGCAGCGUGCACGGGCAGACCAAUCACCGCACAGACAUUAACCCCAUCCACUAGGGACAAGAGAGACUUUAACCCCAAAUUCCCCGCCUACUACCCCGCUUUCUGAGGGUUGCCAGCUGCACAUGCUGACCCCCCUCUCCCUCCAUCAAGAAAAACCUCAGAGGCCUGAGAGGCUGUUCUUUAUACAGUAGCUACAGUAUGUAUUUUUAUAGACCAACCCUAUUAACGCAUAAAUGUUCUAUGGUUUGUUGCAUCUUUUUUUAAUCUGUUUUUUGUGCUUUUAGCAAAAAGGGAGUUUUUGCUAAUCUCAUGCAGCAUUUAAGUGGCUUUUUCUGUUGUGUAAAGGUACAAAAUGGACCACGGUGGUCAUGGAACCAGAAGACAGAGACAUAAGCCUCAGACUGUCAUCUCUAUUAGCAGACGUUACAUCUCUAUAUGCCUGAUGGACUGAAAAAUUAGUCAUUCUCUGAAAAUCACGUGGACAGUAUUUUGAGUGCAUGCGACAGAUACUAAGUGAGUGGGAUGUUGCUGCUUUUAGUUUUGAGUUUGUCAAACUGUCACUACGAUUUCUUGAAGACAACAAUAUGCAAGCAGAUGUAAUGAUCUGAAUAUGACUGUUAAUCUUUUCCCUGUCAGCGUCAAGGAAACUACUUUUUAGUUUCCUUGGUCAGCGGUAUUCUUAAAGAGUGUCACAAAAUACAGCAAGGCAGUGAAAACAUGAUCAAAUGGAAGCAAUACAUCGCAGUAUUGAUAAUCUUCUCUACUCUAUGUCCAUUCUAUGAUCAGCAUGGCCAAGCCACUCUGGUCCCAAGGACAUAUGAUGCUGUUACAGCUACAGAACUGUACACUGUGAUACCAGUGAGGCAGCUCGGGAGUUGAAACAAACUCCUCCGCUCUCCAGGACCAACUGAAGCUUUAAUUAUUGAGGCCUCUUGUGUGUUUGCGCAUCUGGAUUUUAGGAUCCAUAAUUUUAAGUAUGUGUGUGAAUUAUUAUGUUUUUGCCUUCUAUUCCUCUGCAGAACAAAGUUCAGCAGGUGUGGACAGAAAGAAAAACAAAGAAGUGCGUGAGAAAGUGACAGUGAGCAUGAUUUGUUUUUGUUGUUUUUUUUGCCUGGCAUCCCAGAACUGGCAAAGUGUUUUAAAGAGGAGCAGUUUAUUAUGCCUGUGCUUUCCAAAUUGUCACAAUGUGCCUGAAUCUUGUUUUGUUUUUUUGUUUUUUAAAAUUUUGUUGGCUUUCUCUAGACGGCAACUGUUUUUCUUCAAACAAUCAAAACCCAUUCUCAGUGUAUUAUUAAUGAUUUUUCUCUGUUUUUUUGUCACGGAUGUCUGCUGCAUGUAAGCGCAAAACCAGCUGACCAAGAAGAAAAAUAGCAGCUUUCCAUUUGACCUCUGACCUCUUCAUCAAUUUCUCUUCUUCUCUUUCUCAGGCCUCCUAUGCAGAGCCAUGGAUGUACUAACUCUGACUUUGUUUUUUAUCUCAGCCUUUCUCACCACGACUCAUGUUUCUCUCUUUCCAUAUGACCAGGAAUGUUGACUCAUUAGCAUGAUGACCAUAAUGCACUGUGUUUUACAGUAGGAUGGAUGAAAUACAUUCCACUGACAGGUGGAGCGAUCGCAGAGCUGUCUAUGCACUUUGUCCUCUGUCAUGCCAGAGGGUAGAAUAGCCAUAUUAAGGUCAGAGUAAUUCUCAGUGAUCCCCCCUUUUUCACACACCAGCGAGUAACUUAACUGUGUUCGGCUUUGUAGAAAGACUGUGCCUGGCAUGCAUCACAUGUCUGUAGAUUGAAAAAAAAAAAAAGGAACCUAGAGCUCAUUUUGAAGGAUGAGGCUCAAUUAAGGACCCUGACUGUGCCCUUUUUAUUCUGGAAAAAAAGAUGAAGGAUGUGACCUGAAGAGCUUUAUCCUCAAAUUGGGUUACAUCUACGUUUUAUCCAAGUCUUCGGACUGUUUGUGUCACAUAUUAACCCUGGAGACUGUGUGUGCAGUUUGAUACGUGUGUUGAUGAGAAACUGAUUCUCUUGAAAAGGGCUUAGUUGUACCAACCAUUUGAACUGAAGCUUGCCUUAUUUUAGUUUUUUUUAACCCUAUCUAGACCAUUCCAAAUAAACCUUAUGCAUGUGAACAUUACUGCAAUGAUUUCAAAAUACUGUUAACUGGAAUCAUUUUGAGGAUGUUGUUUUUUAAAGUUUUUGACAGCGGGUCCAGAUUCAGAAAAAGGCAUUAGUUACUGCAGAGGCAGACAAAAAAAGGAUAGAUGAACGUGCAGUGUGAGUGUGUCUGUGUGGAUCUGUUAGAGGUGGAGAACAGUUCCUAUGUAUUAAUGAUGUUAUAAUUGUAUUAUUUUAAAUCUAAAACUAUAAAUAUUGUACAUAAUGUCGUUGAUUUCUGUAAUCCUGUACAUGUAAUGCAACCACCUUUCUUUUUGAAGGGAGUAAACGUGUGGUACAUGUCUGUAAAUAAUGUUCCCAUAGCACUUGUUGCCUUUUGUUGUACGUCGAGGCUCAUUUCAGCGCUUAAAUACAUUGUUUAUAUGUAAUGAACUGAUGAAUCCAUUCUUGCCUGCAUAACUUUGUACAUGUUUCUUUGUGCCUGUAAUGACAUUGUCUCUGUUUUUGUUUUGUUUUGCAUUUGUACAGAUGUUAAAGUAUCACUGCAGUUACAUUACGGUAUGAAAAUAAAGCACUUGUUCUGUAACAUAAAA